GCUCAUUUACAAUAACCAAAAGCUUCUCUUUCUUGUUACCACCAUCAGAUAACAAAAAAUGGAAGCUCUUUCUCCUCCGAGAAUGCUACUAUCAGUAUUUUCCAUUGCUGUGUUACUUUCUACGAUUCCACAAUCAGCUUCAGCUGCAAAUUCAGCUCACAACACUUUUCUUCAUUGCCUUGUAAACCAUUCAGAACCCUCUCACCCCAUAACCUCAGCCAUUUUCACGCCACACAACGCUUCAUUCUCCUCCGUCUUGGAAGCUUAUGUCAGAAACCUUCGUUUCAACACCUCCACAACCCGAAAGCCAUUUCUUAUAAUAACUGCAUUGCAUGUUUCUCAUAUACAAGCAUCCAUCAUUUGCGCUCAGAAGUACAACUUGCAAAUGAAAAUCCGAAGUGGAGGCCAUGACUACGAGGGUGUGUCCUACGUGGCUGAAGUCCCUUUCUUCAUCCUUGACAUGUUCAAUCUCCGAAAAAUUGAAGUUGAUAUACACACCGAGACCGCUUGGGUGCAAGCUGGUGCAACGCUUGGUGAAGUUUAUUACAGAAUUGGUGAGAAGAGUAAAAUUCAUGGUUUUCCAGCAGGGGUUUGUCCCACUGUUGGGGUGGGAGGCCACAUAAGUGGUGGUGGCUAUGGUAAUAUGAUGAGAAAAUACGGUCUUACAGUGGAUAAUGUUGUUGAUGCACAAAUGGUUGAUGUUGAAGGUAGAUUGCUUGAUAGAAAAUCUAUGGGUGAAGAUCUCUUUUGGGCCAUCACAGGUGGUGGUGGAUCUAGCUUUGGCGUAGUCCUUGCCUACAAAAUAAAGCUUGUUCGAGUUCCUGAGGUGGUAACUGUUUUCAGAGUAGAGAGAACCGUGGAGCAAAACGCCACCGAUGUUGUUUAUAACUGGCAGCAUGUUGCACCAACUAUCGACAACGAGCUUUUUAUCAGACUUAUAUUGGACGUUGUAAACGGUACACAAAAUGGAAAAAAGACUGUAAGAGCUUCUUUUGUAGCUCUAUUCCUCGGUGACUCCAAAAGCCUUGUUUCUCUCUUGAACGAGAAGUUCCCUCAGUUGGGAUUGAAGCAAUCAGACUGCAUCGAAACAAGUUGGCUUCGGUCGGUGCUGUUUUGGACAAACAUCAACAUUACAACACCUGUUGAGGUUUUACUUGAUAGACAACCACAAUCACCUGUGAACUACUUGAAAAGAAAAUCUGACUAUGUACAAAAACCAAUUUCCAAAAAGGGUUUUGAAGGACUUUGGAAGAAGAUGAUCGAGUUGGAGUAUACGCUAUUUCAAUUCAAUCCUUAUGGUGGAAGAAUGGCCGAGAUUCCAUCAACAGCAACUCCUUUUCCUCAUCGUGCAGGGAACCUGUGGAAGGUUCAAUACCAAGCCAAUUGGAAUCGGGCUGGGAAAAAGGUAGCAGAUCAUUAUAUAAACUUGACAAGAGUACUUCAUAAGUAUAUGACUCCUUUUGUCUCCAAGAAUCCAAGAGAGGCUUUUUACAAUUAUAAGGACCUUGACUUGGGAAUUAAUCACAAUGGCAAGAACAGUUAUGCUGAAGGAAAAGUUUAUGGAGUCGAGUAUUUCAAAGAUAACUUCAACAGGUUGGUUGAAAUAAAGACCAAGGUUGAUCCUCAUAAUUUCUUUAGGAAUGAACAAAGCAUCCCUACGCUGCCAUAUCGAAAGAGUUAGGAUAAUAGCAACUCAAAUGUCAUUAAUGUUUCUAGUUUGUUGAUUUUAAUUACUUUGUUUAUUAAUGUGGUGGAAAAAAUAAGUGGGUUAACAAAUUAUGUUAGUUUGGUAUUAAAUUAUGAAAUGUGUUUAUGUACCUCUUCUUUG